ACAAUAUUCAUUGUUCUUUAGCGGCUCGGCCGAGCAACGUGGCUAUAAAAACGCGCGCCGAAGGAGGAAAGGUGCUUCUUAUUAACUGGAAUCUGGGGGCAGCCCGCAGCUCAGCUAGAGCGGAUCCGGCUGGCCAGGGAGACCCGCUCCGAACUGCGGCCGGGGCGGCGGGCCAGCAUGGACUCGGACGCGAGCCUGGUGUCGAGCCGCCCUUCGUCUCCGGAGCCCGAUGAGCUCUUCGUUUCGGCCAGGAGCAAGAGCGGCGGGGGCUUCUCGGCGGGCGGCGGCGGCGGCGCCGUGUCCAGUUCGACGCCCAGCGACUCCACCGCGGAGCUGAGCGCCGAGCUGCGCAGCGCCAUGAGCGCCGCCGGGGUGGUGGUGGUGGACAAGCUGGCCUUCAAGUCUCCUUCGUCCUCCUCUUCUUCCUCCUCCUCCUCCUCCUCUUCUUCGACGUCCAAGAAGGACAAGAAGCAAAUGUCGGAGCCGGAGCUGCAGCAGCUGCGCCUGAAGAUCAACAGCCGGGAGCGCAAGCGGAUGCACGACCUCAACAUCGCCAUGGACGGGCUGCGGGAGGUGAUGCCCUACGCGCACGGGCCCUCGGUGCGCAAGCUCUCCAAGAUCGCCACCCUCCUGCUGGCGCGCAACUACAUCCUGAUGCUCACCAACUCGCUGGAGGAGAUGAAGCGCCUGCUCAGCGAGAUCUACGGCGGCCACCACGCCGCCGGCUUUCACCCGGCCGCCGCCGCCGCCGCCUGCUCGGGGGGCCUGGUGGGCCACGCCGCGCCUCUGCCCACUCACCCGGCUUCCCACGCCGUGCACCACCCCAUCCUGCCCCCCGCCGCCGUCUCCAGCGCUUCCCUGCCCGGCUCCGCGGGGCUGUCGGCCGUCAGCUCCAUCCGACCCUCGCACGGCUUGCUCAAGUCUCCGCCGAGCGCUGCGGCCGCCGCCGCCGCUGCAGCCGCCGCUGCAGCCGCCGCCGCCGCGGCUCCGCUAAGCAGCAGCUUCCAGCACUGGGGCGGGAUGCCGUGUCCCUGCAGCAUGUGCCAGGUGCCGGCCCCCUCGCACCACCACGUCUCCGGGCUGAGUGCGCCCAACCUGCCCAGACUGACCGGCGACGCCAAAUAAAGGGCGGGACGGAGGGAGGGGAGGGCGAGCAACCGGGAGCGGGGAUGAGCCACCCACCCACCCCCCUUGGGCAGAGGAAAUCGCCCGCCCGGACUUGCGCGCACGCCCAGCAGCCCAAGGUAAGGAGGGUUCCUCCAAGGACUUUCCGAGAGCGCGGAUUCCAAAGCCCCGGACGCUUAAAGGAGGCCCUCGGAAAAGGAGUCCGACCUUCGCGGAACUGCGGCUGCCGUCUUCGCUCCGCUCCGCUGCCAGCCCCGGUCUGGGUGGAAACGCAGCAGGCGCGGCUGCCGGAAGCUGAGAGCCGGGUUUCUUUUCUUUCUCGUUGUAUAAAGCCGGGAAGGACCCCGGCCUGGGUUAGACGCUCGCCUUCAAAGAGAGGGGCCCAAAUGCCCAGCGUUUCUUCCCACCUUGAGGGGUUUCCCCCCCCUCUUUUAAAAAGUAGAGGGGGGAGGGGUCGGAUUUGCAGGCCGACUUAAAGCUACUUGAUCUACAAUUUCGUUGAAACUGGGAAAGCUUCAGGGCCAGAGUUGGCGGAGGGGAUCGUCCCUAGGCUCCUCUCUGGACGUCCCCGAGCGAGUGGCGCUCGUUAACAAUGUAAACGUAGCGCUGGUUAUAUGGAUUUCAGAGUAAUUGGCUUCCAGCCUACAUCCAGUAGCGAUUUGUAGGACUUUCAAGAACAAAAACGAUCCAGUUACCCUAACUCAGAAGAAAGGCGACUGGUCUUGGGCGCGAUCCAACCGAAGUUUAAGCAGUUUUAGGUGCCACCGAUCUCCAAUCCCGACUUUCGGAAGUUUAUCCCAAAGUGAGUCUGACGCUGGGUAGGUGGUCGCGGCGGUUGCCUAGAAGCUCUGGCUGGAUCGAGGCCCGGGCCUUUAGGAUCGCAGUGUUUUGUAUUUGGAGCAGCAAAUACGAGGAGACCAAAAUAAAGCGAAGUCCCCGCAUCUGCUGUUGCCUGGGGGGGGGGGAGUUAAGGGUGGCAUUCCUCGAUGCAUUCUCCGGACAGCAGCGAAGGGGGUCCUUUAGAGUUUCCUGAGUGUGUGGGCCUACGGAUUAAGAUCUUUCCUCCCCCACCCACCCCUUUUAGAAGCCACAAGACUUCCUUUUCUUGCUCGAGCAUAAAGGUUAAAAGAAAAAAAAGGGGAGGGGGAGGGAGACAUUAAGAUUGACUUGCGCUGCAAUAUUUAGACCCUCCCUCCCACCCUUCAGGGCUUGUUUCUGAAUGAGGUCUUCCCCCCCUUCCCCCCCUCUUCGUCUUAGCUCGGUCACCUUCGAGAGAUUUUUUUUAAUCACCUGUUUAUUUUUAUAUAUAUCUAUAAAAUAAAGAAAUGGAAAAGUUCCUAAAUAAUAUUUAUUAUUUGGUUGCAAAAAAGAAAAAAAAGAAGUGACCCACUGUUUUUAAAUAAUGAGAAUAAUUAAAAGAAAGAGAUAGAAGAAGGACGUCUGGUGUGUUGUCCCUUCAUUUCCAUCGAAGUGCUCUCUCUGUCUUCAAAAAUAGGGGCCCAAGCCCCUCCUUGCACCACAGCGCAGCCCACUAACUCCUUAACUUCAGCAGUUGGGUGUACUUGAUUGAUGCCCCUUCAACAACUGACAGUCUUUUCUAACUCCCUCCAAAAGAUCACUACAUUCCGCAGUAUAAAGACCCGCUGCCAAAUAAACACGGGUUACCUCCAGCUGCAAGAACUAACAUGCCACAGACACCUAAAUUCAAAGGGACACAGCCUGAGUCCAAGGUUGGGGCCAUAUUAGUACUUUUCCCACGCUGUUGGAAUUGCUGGCAACCAGUCUGUUAUGGCUACUUGGUGACUCUAAAGCUUGCACGGGUAACACUUUAUUUCUCCACGAUCCUAGGUACCUUACGGGCUGCUUCUUUCGUGGACACUCAACAAGCCUUCUCUCUCCGCUCAACGCCCCCCCCCCAAUGAUACUUGGGUUACCUGUGUUACAGAUGUGUUGAUAAUAUAUCCAAUCAGCCGAAUAAUUGUUCUAGGGGAGAGAUUGAGAAAUGAUGGGUGGGGUCAGCAAAUUGAGGUUCUAAUUUCCUAUCACCUGUUUUCUAACCAAACCAGCUCUUUCAUUGAGCGAGGGCAUUUAUUUACACAGGACUUUUGCCCAACCCAACAAGGGGAUGCAGCUGAUGGAAAAUUGCCACACUUUCCAAAGGUGGGGCGGAGGGCAGCCAGUGAGGGGAUGAGGGCAGGGGUUUUUCUGCCCUCACCUUAAUCUUGCUCAGCCUAGAUGUCGGCCAGGCUGGAAAACCCCUUUUGACGUCAUUCCUUUCCUCAGGAUGCUCCGACCAGGCAGGAGGCAAAGGAUUUUAUUUUAUAUUACUGUAUUUUUUCUUUAUUAAGAGUUUUGGAGGGAAAAAAUCAAACCUAACAAGAACAAAGAAAGAAAGACAGAAAUAGAAAGAAUGAAAAAGAAAGUAUUUUUUGCAGUAAAUAUAAGUACAACUACAAAAUUACCUUUUUCUCUAUGGUUACCUAUUUUCCCUUUUCCCCUAUCAUGUAUUUUUCUAAUCAUCAAAGUUGUAAAUCAUAUGAUCAUGUUUUUCUGUUCCAUGAAAAAGUCUAUAAGGGAUUUCCAGUUCAGCAAUAAACAUAUAUGUUGUCUUUUUUCUAAUCAUGGGAGCCCUUUUGGCUAUCUCUGCAACUUCUACCAUCUUGUCCAACCAUUCCACUUUCAGCAGGUAGUGCUAAAUAUUUCCACUUUUGAGUAUAUAAUAAUAUCACUGCAGUUAUCAUAUAUAAAAACAAAGUUCUAUGACUUUUAUUCCAACUCUCUAUCCAUCAAUCCCAAAAGAAAAGUCUCUGGUUUCAAUUGUAUAUAUUACCUUUUAUUCUGUAUUAAUGACUAUAUCUGCAUCCAAAACUUUCUGGCUUUUUUACAAGCCCACCAAACUUAAUAAAAUGCACCUAUUGUUUCCAACAUCA